AUCGGCAAGUACUUUGUGGCUAUAGACGAGUUUGAGCGAAUGGUGCCGUACGGCCCCUUCAAAACACGUGCCAUGUGUCCUGUCUCCCUGCUGGUCUCUUGCGUUCCCCCACCCGCAGAUCGGCAAGUACUACGUGGCUAUAGACGAGUUUGAGCGAGUCGUAUUGCCGCACCUCAUGCCGUCCGACAACACGCGACUGCAUAUAGUGGACGAGAUCGGUCGCAUGGAGCUGUGCAGUGACAAGUUCAGAGACGCUGUGCUGAACCUGCUAGCCUCGCCUGUUGCUGUGUUUGGCGCGCUGCCUGCUCCUCGUUAUGGUCACACUCUUGAGCUAGUAGAGGAGAUCAAGCAGCGUGCAGACACAGCCGUGCUCACACUCACCAAGGCCAACAGGGACGCAACGGCAGUGCAGAUAGAGGAGCUUCUGACUCGGUUGAUCAAAGAGGGGGAGCGAGGGGCGGGGGAAGGGCUGGGAGGGGAGGGGAGGAUGCGGGAGGGGAGGAGGGUGCAGGGAAUGAGGGCGAAGGGGAGAGCAACAUUGGGGCUGGUGGGAGUAAUUGGGGUAUGGCGGGGUGAGAGGAGCGGGCCCAGAUGGGGUAAAUGCACUGUCAGCUGCGGGAGCUUCGGCAUCGGCAGGUUUGGGGACCGGAGCACCAGGCUCGGGGCUGGCCAAUGGAGGUUCAGGCUUGGGAAUUAACCAUGUGUUGGCAGCAGUGCAAGCGCAUGCAGCUAAUGCGGACCUUUUUGAUGGGGCGCAUACAGUGCACGGGUAGAGGGAUGAUGAGAUGAGCGCAGAUACGGGGAGGCUCGGAGUAUCUCGAGCCGACUCGUAAUACGCCUGCUGUGCAAGCGCAUGCGGUGAAUGCAGACCCUUUUGACGGAGCACAUACAGUGCACGGGUAGACUGUACCGGGCAGAGCUGAUGAGGGGAGCGCUGGUGACUUGAUCAUGCAUUGGAGUCUAUUUUUUAGGCGCUGGUAAAAAAAAAAAGACUCCUCACGGGUUGACUGUACCGGGCAGAGCUGAUGAGGGGAGCGCUGGUGACUUGAUCAUGCGUUGGCGGCAGUGCAAGCACAUGCAGCGGAUGCGGACCUUUUUUAUGGAGCACGUGCAGUGGACUGGUAGACUAUACCAGGUGGGGGUGAUGAAGGGAAUGGUGGUGAGUUAAUCACGCGUUGGCAACACCAGUGCACGCGCAUACUUCAAUAAUAGGAUGUAUGGUUAGGCUGGAGAGGUUACAGGGGUAACGCCAGAGGGACGAGGUGCUUUCAUAUGGCGUUCAGGUACCUUUUUUUAUUUGUGGGGGUGGGUAUUUUUGGACCAGGCUGAAUAGUGUAGGCACAAUUACCGUGCCUAAAUGCUUUGUCAGAACUUGCGAUAGGAUGGCUGAAUACAGCCACAAUAUGCUU